GGCGAUUGAGGGUAGAAUUAAGGGUGAAUUAUGGUGAAUGAACAUUCGUUCGGCCGGAUUCUUCAUCUCCAGAGCCACUUGUCACGAUCGGCGAUGGGAGAUUAAAGCAAAUCGGAGAUGCAUCUCUCUCGAGUCUGAGAGUAAUCGAUGAAGAAAGCUCUUGUUUGUUUUUAAUGGUGACAAGUAAAAGAAGAUCGCAAGU